AUGUCAAAGAAACAGGAGUAUAUUGCCAAGAUCAAAUACCAGAACAAUUUGCCUCCUCCGCUGCUUCCUCCCAAGCUACUCAAGUUUAAAGUUCACACCGAAGAAGAUGCAGAUUCAGCAGAACUAAUUACGUCGUUGUACAGCAAAACGUCUGUUACUCCUCUAGUAAACAUUAACGAUGACCUUGGAAUGCCCUUGGACUUGAUGCAACUCCCUGGUAUGCUUAAUAAUAUGGAUACAAAAUAUCUGUACGAACUCGAAGGUGUCAAGCUCGCUCCAGAGGAUAGAAUGCUCUUGAGAGCUCCAGGUGCUGAUAGAUUACCCAAAACUGAUAUGUCCAAGGUUACUUUCUUGAGACGUACCGAGUACGUUUCGACCGCAAUCACAUCGCAUGGCCAAGCCGAAGAAGAUAGGAAGAGAACAGCAUCUAAGCUGGAAGAGAGUGAAGAGUUGUUGAGCGCAUCUCAGAUAGUGGAAAAGGUGGAAAGCGGGUUUGAUGCUAUGACCAAGGAUUUAUCGAAAUUACAGCAUCCUGUGAAGAAAAAGGUACAUGCCGUCAAGGCUUGGAACCUAUUACCAGACACAGCUUCAAUGGAUCAAAGCUAUUUCACUUUAAGGUUUGCAGGUAGCGCGGCCUUGGAUGCCACAGAAAAGAAGAAGUAUGCCUUGUCGACGUCCAUCUUCCGUCCAGUGGAGCUUGAAGAAGACGAAUGGAUUUCAAUGUACACAACUGAUCCUCAGAAUUCUGAUAAUUUGUCCAAGGACGUGGAAAAGAAAAUUGAUGAGAACUUACAAAGUGGUGUAGAAGAAGGCAAAGUUUAUAAAUUCAAAAGAUUGAGAGACUUUGACAUGAAGCAGGUACCACAUCAGGGACGCGGAGGAUCUUUUGGUGAGCUAGCUCUUGUGUUGAAUGACGAAAAGGGAAUUGCAUACUACAAACCACUACGCUCGCGGAUUGAGCUAAGACGUAGACGUGUUAACGAUGUGAUAAAACCAUUGGUGAGAGAGCAUAAUGUAGAUCAAAUCAAUGUGACGUUGAGAAACCCAACUCCACAAGAAGCCAACCUCAGAGAUAGAUUAAGAAUGAAAUUUGAUCCAAUUGACUUUGCAAACGCUGAUGAGGAUGAUGAAGAACCCGAGGUACAAGAACAGGAGAACGAGGUUGCGCAAGCGGAACUGAAAGACGAGGAAGUGAAGAAGCCAGAAGAAGAGGAGCCUCAGGAAGAGGAGCCUCAGGAAAAGGAACAGGCCGAUGCCAAGGACGCUCCAACAGAUGAUGGUGAAAUAGCGGGAAAUUGA